AAGGCCAAUAAUUUUUGUAAAGAAGUUUGAAGAAAAAUUAAGAUUGGGAAUAUCUAGGUCGAACUUUUAAUGAAUAGUUUUCGAAUCGUUUCAAAACCAAAAGAAAUCUUGUGGAAACUAAAUUGCGUAGCUGAUUUGCAACUAAGUUCUAUGUUUUUGCUUUUUUGGAAAAAUUAAGCUUCAACUACAAUUUCAACGCUUUAUAACAAUCUUUACCCCGCCUGCACUGGACAUCUUUCACGGUCUCGUAACGUGAAAUUGAGGUCCAAUUUAAUAAAUCUACGUUGUUCAACAGCAUCUUUGCAAAAACCACACAAAUGGUUCGUUUCUCACUAACUCUUUGCGCGGCGGCGGGUGCUGCUGUGUUGAUUUCUCGAAGCACCAUUAUCGCCAGUGCAAAAGACAUCUCCGACCCGGCAAUCAAAUGGGAAGGCAGGACAGCCAGCGCCGCCCGGGCGGCCCGAAGAUGGGAGCAGGCAUUCAGUACAUUUUUGAAGGAUGUAGUAUUUGAAGCAGAGCCCUUGCAUGUAUGUCAAUUGUGUGAAGCAACUAUAUCUAUAACCAGUCUUGCAAUUCGAAAAACAAAAACAAAAAUUGACUUGCAGCUCCCCCCGGACCCGCGAAAAAAUCCCCCGGGGUCGCCGCACCCGCGGGAAAGAGAUCCAAUUCAGCAGCGCGAGAUCAAGCGCGGCCGGGGAGCAAAAUCUCAGCAGCAUCACCGUCUGAUAUGGAGGUGGACGCAGCAGGAGUACCCGCAAUGGAGGUAGGGAGGAAUAUCACCAAAGGUAGCAAGAAAUCCGUGGCUGGUGCAGCAUCAUCUGCGGCAUCAGGGCCAGGCAGAACAAGUAAGGCAAAAGGUAAGGCUGUGUCAGCACCAGCAGCCGCGUCGCAGACCGCUGUAGCUCCUGUCUCUUCUUCACCUGUUGAGCCAGCUCUCGGCGGCAUUCUGCAUAACCUCCCGAACGUGAAGCAAAAACGGUACAUCCGGCUGUGCUACCUGGACACCGAGAACACCGGCUUCGACGCCUACAAGAGGACGGCCUACAAGGGAGAACCUGGAACGCACAAACUGGCCCACGCGGUGGCCCCGGACUUCCUGCUAGAAAUCGCGGUCCGGGUCGUAGAGGUGGACACGAAAACCGGAAAAGUCGUGCCGAUUCAGCUCAGUAAAGCGGAAAAGGAGCUGUUCGCCCUGCACAAGGAAGCGGUCGGCCCGCAGUUCUAUCAAAUGCAAAAAUGUCUGGGUCUGGAAACUUGUGAUGCAAGUCCGUGAACAAUAAGUGCUCUGUAAUGCGCCGCCAAGCAUGACAAGUGUUUUCGUGCUUCUGUGAUGCGUAUCUCGCAUGAGAAACUGCGUUUUUGCAUGACAGGCAAGCGGACCUCUUGGUGGCCGCGCAAUACAGAGCGCAGAGUCAUGCCAGAGUAGCAUGACAAUCUUCCAGGCCCAGACAUUUUUGCAUUUGAUAAGUUCACAAAAGCAACAAAACUACCCGCUGAAGUUUUGCAGACGAUUUCCGAGCAGCAAGGCGGUUCUUCGUGCGGUCCAUCUGGACAGAGCAACAGUUUGACGAGAACAAAUAAGGCGUCCAAAGUGGCUGGUAAGAAUAAAUGUAGUUCAACUACAGCGUCGUCAAACGUUCCGCAUAACGACGAUUACUCGAAAGCGUUCCACGCAUGGUUGAUGCAGCAGACCUAUCACUCGUCUCCAGAAGGAGACAGCAAGAAAGCCGCUGGAAGUGGAGCAGAUGAUGAUGACAAGCGAGGAAGAUCUAUCCUAAUGAAAAACGUCCCCACCCCAGAGUCAAGAUGGGGAUUUUGCGAACACAAACCUUGAAGCUUUGGGAGCCACGCAUGACAAAUUGCUAGCUGUAUUGUAGUGCAGUUUAGAAAGGAAAGUCGCAUUACAAAUCCAUCUGCUUAUCCUGUUUACAGCAUUACAAGUUCCAAAACACGAUCGGAAAUGCCUAUCAUAGGGAUGCGCACUACAAAUGCUCUUGCGCUUGCAGAUCUGCGUGACAACUCUGGGAUGGGGAUGCUUUUACACAGGAUAAGAUCAACAGCCUCGUCUUUCCUUGCUGGAAUUACAACAGCCUCGAAAACAAGUAGUAGAUCUUCUUCCCUCACCCGAGCAACGGGCACUUCUCCUUUGCCGGCUCCGAAGGUCGUUGUAAACCUCCCAAAUGACAGCGAGCUGUUUUCCUACCUGUCUCUCGAGGAGCCCAAUCCCCAGCGCUUCACGGAGAAGUUUGGCGGGUGGGAACAUUACGAGGUGGAGUCGAACGCCGCUUACGCGGUGAAUCUGAUCGGCUACGAGGACGACCCGGAGCGGAAAGUAAAAGACCGGGUGGGGAUCCGCGGCGUGAAGGGGAAAAAGAUCGAUUGGGCGUACGUCGGGAAGCUGAUUGAAAUCUCUGAUUUUAUCGUCGCUCACAUAUCAAAUGCGAAAAUGUCUGGGUCUGGAAGAAAAUGGAUACUUGUCAUGCAGUUUUUGCAUUUGCGAGAAGGUGUGGAAUGCUCACAGAGCAUGAGAAAUUCUGCGAAGGCUUUUCCAUGCCUAGUCUGCAUGAGAAAUGCCCUCUCCAUAAUGCACGAAUCGGCGAUCUUUUGCUCACUAAGCGACACAGAUUUUUGCCUACUGCAGAAUCUUCCGCAUCACAAGUUGGCAUCCCUCCAGACCCAGACAUAUUUGCAAUGCAUAUCACAACGCCGACUACGACUUCCGAUUCGUUGCGCGCGACUUCCCGCCGUCGGCCUUCAAACCCUGGCUGUGUUCGCAGAAGGACAUCGUGUGGGAGAAUUUCGUGCCGGCGGAAAAGAAGCCGCUGUUGAUCAAUUUAAAAGCGGAAACUUUGUCCGCUGUCUUUGACAUCGCGGCCGGGCAGCACGUAUGGAUUGCAAAAAUGUCUGGGUCUGGAAGAUUGCAACUUGUCACGCUAAAUCCGAAUCAUGCAGAAAUCUGUGUUGCAUGAGUUCCAAAAGCUGUCCACUUUCGACCAAGUUUGGAGGGAGUUUCUCAUGCUGCAGGAUAGGCAUGGUAGAGGACUCACAGACUCUGUCAUGCUAGGUCCCGCAUUCCAGACCUGAUGGGUCAUGGAUAACCUGCAUGACAAGCUUACACUCUUCCAGACCCAGACAUAUUUGCACUUGAUAGCACGACGCGCUGUCCGACAUUACCGCGUGCAUCCAGGUGUUGGAGAAUAUGGAAGCGUCAGGAUCGAAAUUGACAAAAUCGAAAAAUUUGUGAUGCACAAAAUCGAUGUCAGUUGGAGACUCACUUUCCAAGUGCCGCAUGACAAAUUUCGGGAGUACCCAAAUCCAGUCCGUGAUGCUGUUUGGACAAAGAAGACUCCUCCUGUAAUGCCACUCUGGCAGCACAUUGUAUACCCCUAAACAGGCUUACAAUCGGCCUCAUUUGCUUGCUCCCCAAUACAGGCCUUCAGUGCCCUACAUUUUAUGCAUCACAAAUUUUUAGAUUUUGUCGAUUUCGAUCCUGACUCAUCCAUAGAGAAGGCGCGAGCGUUUCAGCCCCUGAUCGCCACCGGGAUCAACCGGAUUGAAAAGCAGUGGUUCUACGAGAUUGGCACCACGGAGACGGAAGAACACCCCGCGACGCGGCAGAUGAUGACCUGGCGGGGGAAGUUUAAGGAGGAGGAAGCCUGGCUCGGGAAAAACAAGGACUACGGGCCCAGACCCUUUAAAGCAGUAUAGCACUUAUUGAUUGUUCAUCGUGGUCUCUCAGAAAGGUCGAAGCAUGGUGCAGUGCCGUCGACUGUGGAUUUGAUAUAUAUAGGAAAAAUCAGAUUUGCGUGAAGAUAUUCAUCACGGAUAGUUGCGCUUAGUUAUUUUAAUAUCAAAGCCCCCCUCCGAAAAACGACAGGUCUUCAUGCACGCGCCCGGCCCCAAACCGUGGGAGAAGGAAAAGCAGGACUGGCUGAGUGAUGCGCAAAAGCAUGAGUGGUUGGACAACGCGGCGGGUAUCGUCAGCAAGAUCGGGUUCCAAACCCGCAAGUAUACCGAUCCAGAGGGGGUGAAAAAGCCUUUUCUUCUCGUCACAAAAUACCUCUCGAAAGAGACCGCGGAAACAACGAUGCAGCAGUUUUACUACGAAUUUUACGCCAAACCCUUCUUCAAGCUUUCGGGGCGGCCGGGCCUGGGCCAUUUCUACUUCGAGCCGUAUUUUCCGGUGCUGAAUCGACGAUUGAAGGCUGGGUGCGAAGUGUUUGCGGGAGCAGGGGAUUUGGCCCGCUUUGCGCAGGGCGGAGAUGGUGCGGAGGCGGAGGUUGCGGCCACGAUGCAGAAAUAAGUUUUGAUUUACACAGAUAUAGAUUGUUGGGUCGUGAGAAAAAUAGAACUCCACAACAAACCAGGUUGUAGCUCUUGUCAUUGAUUCGUAUCAAAAAGGGAUAAGCGGCCAACAACUACUGCUCUUUGGAAAAUGUAAUGUAGAGCACUAUUUCAUUUUGAUGAAUUCUUGAGUGUGCUCAUUUUGUCGAGAAAAAACGGACGUUGUAUUCGAAGAUGCACGAGGAAUAAAUCUAGCGAAAAUGAAUACGAUGAUCACGACCAUAUGUUGCCCGAAGAACUUUUCAAAGUAGAACCUUCACGCGAGCAAGUGUAUAGUUGCACUUCUUUGAUGCUGUAAGGUAAACGUCGCAAAAAUUGGAAUGAUCGCUAAUAUACUGCAUUCGCAUGCCUAUAAUUUCGUUAGUAGACACGUCGUAGUCCUCCUCGUCCU